AAUUCCUACAAAAUUUUAUUAGUAUAAAUUUUCAAAUAAAAUAUUUGCUUCACCUGUGCGUCACACCCAACAAUGUCUCCCUCCUACAUCGUUAUCACAAAUUUGCUUACUUUGUAUCACCUGCACUCUACAGUGCCUUUCAGACGAUUCGUAAAAGUCUGACAAGGACGAGAGAGUAUCACGUGCAAAAUGUAGAUUAUAAAUAACAACACCUGACACAGCUGCGGCAAAGAUCGUGACCUCAUGGGGUCAAAUAGGUCAGGCAUAAUCCACUUCUCCCUGUCAAUGCUUCACACUGUCGUCCCUGGGCGUCCACGUGUUCUAUCACUCAAUAAAGUCUACAGCUCCGUCGAUAGAUUGACAGUAGGUGAUGUCUCUUCACACUAGGUCUCUUUUUUAAAGAUGGGUAAUAUAGUCCUCAUCAGGCGAUGUCAAUGUGUUCAGUGUCGCUACUCGGCAACAUUUGAAAAGCAGCUUGAACUAGAGGAGACAUUGAAAGGUUGUGAGGACAGCAAGAUCCAAAAUCAUUUUUAGAGGACCAAAAGUGCAUCAAAGACCUGAAAAUGAGACAACUCCUGCUUUGGACAGUCUGCCUCGUGUUGCUGCCCCUGUGUGUGGGGGGUAAGAGAGUUGUCUUCAUGCCCUCGCCCUUCACCAGCCACACCAACUACCACACGAACGUAGCGCGGACCCUCGCUCGGCAAGGUCACGAGGUGUGGUUGACCAUGCCCGACUACAUCGUCAACAGGCGGGUGUUGGACACGACUAACUUGACUGUAAUCGAGUAUCAGACAUUGAGAAACUUUGAGGAGAUGUUCACGGCCGCUUUCCCCGACAUCUAUUUUAAGGGAUUGUCUGAUGAUUUGAGUGUGCUUAUGUCUAUUGGUUUACAAUUUUGUGAUACUCUUCUUACCAACGCUUCUUUCUUCCAGAACGUUAAAGAAUUGCGUCCAGAUCUUUUCGUUUUCGACAAUUUACGGUUCAUGAACAUGAUGACGAUAAUAUCUUAUAGACUUGGGGUGCCUUUUGCUUUUCUUGGAACAUUUUACGACACGUCCUACCAGCGAAUCCCUUUACAGCCUUGCAACAUACCAGCGGUAACUUUUAGCUACAGCCAUCAUAUGAGUUUUCUUCAGCGAGUUUUAACCACUGUACUUCAUGUAUAUUCCUCUGUGCUCGACGGAUUUUCCUACACGGAUGCAGUCAGUCGCUAUGCACCAGAAAUGCCUUUCCUUACUAUAGACAUGCUUGUAGCAAGAGCUGAGAUCUGGUUGGUUGACACAGACCAUAUCCUAGACUACCCGAGACCAUCGAUGCCUAAUGUCAAACUAAUUGGAGGAACAGCUACAGGUCCUGCUAAACCAUUGCCCCCUCAGUUUCAAUUUUUUAUGGAUGAUGCCAAAGAAGGAGUUGUUAUCGUAACGUUUGGUAGUUAUGUCCUCAGUCCACCAGAAUCAAUUACACAAAAAAUCAUCAGUGUGUUGCAGGAUUUACCUUUUAAAUCCGUUUUCCGUUCCAAUAUUUCGUCACCGAACUCAAAGAAGAUCCUGACGUCGUCAUGGAUACCUCAGAAUGACCUGCUGGCUCACCCCAACACUCGCGUGUUUGUCAGCCAUUGUGGUAAUUAUGGUCAGUACGAGGCUCUGUUCCACGCCGUGCCAGUGGUUUGUACGCCGAUCUUUAUUGACCAGUUCUACAACGCUGAGCGCAUGCGCGUAAAGGGCAUGGCAGAGACUGUCGACCUCAACACCGUCAGUACACACGAGCUGCACUCCACCAUUCUCAAAGUGGCCACCAACACGAGCUACAAGCAGGCCAUCACCAAAGCCUCGGAACUGUUUAAAAUCGAAUUCGGUGUUCCUGUGGAGAAAGCGGCCUACUGGCUUGAUCACGUGAUGAAAUAUGGCGGCCGUCACCUUCGUUCGUCAGGACAUGAAGUUCCUUUCUUACAAUUUUCAUGCUUGGAUGUUUAUUCUUUUCUGUUAGCGGUUGUACUACUGAUACUGCUGAUAUCAGUAUGUUUGGUCUACGUUGCAUUCAAUUGUUUUCGCUCGAAAUCAAAAGCAAAAAUAGAAUAAAAAGGAGUGAACACGAUUUGAAAGCAAAACUACUUAAAAGAUUUCCAAGGUUUGUUAAACUAACAAAUUUAGUAGAUAAACAAUAAAUCUAGCCGUUGACCGACACGGGCAAAAGAGUUUUCUCCAGUUUCACAAUUAACCUUAACUAAGCAAAUUACAAAAUAAUUUACGCCUGCUUCAUAAAAUAAGGGUUGCUUCAUUAUUGUAACUGAAAUUGUCUAUUACUCUUUAUACCUUAAUGUUUGUUGUUAGUUUUGUUAAUCUUUAAACAGCUAUAAAAGCAUUUUAUGUAGCCAACCCUUUAUGAAAUUAGGACAAAGCAUUCAGAUUGGUGUUUGUACUCUUAAUAUUUUUAUUUUAUUAUUUCAAACCAAUACAAAUUGAAAAAUUAAAAAAAAACUAAAGUAUGCUAUGAUUAUUAAAUGCAUACUUGUUAUAAUAAAGUAAGAAUAUGUUGUAAAAUAAAUAAUGUGAGCUACUGACAUUGCUGGUUGCAGUAUGUUUGAUAUACCUUGUAUGCCAUUUGUUUUUGCUCCAACUUAAAGACAAAGAAAGAGGAAAAUUUAGUUAAGAAAGACUUUUGACCUACUUGACGAUUUGUUACGGUUCUGUCCUCUACAGUUAAUGUCUUUAAGUUGGAUUUACUACUAAAAAACAAAAACGUAUAUUUGUUAAAAUUUUCACGAUAUAAAUGUAUUUAAAGUGCUCUUUAAAAUGGAGUAUCACAGAUACAUUUUUUAUUGUAGGUUAAUAAAUUUAAUUAUAAACAAUACCGGUAGAAAUUUCAUUCGCUGGAACUCGCCGCUGAGUAAACAAACAUGUCGCUUGUUACCGCAGCCGUGUAGGGUAUGUGUUAAGCAAAGAUACUCCAAAAUAAAUUUGUGGUCUGUUUUAUUUACAGAAUCGAGUACGUAUUUAUUUAUUGAUUACCGUUUCUAAUGUGGUGGGAGUCGCUUUUUCCGUCUUUGUAUGACAUUAGCAACAACAAAAAAAAAAAAAAAAAAAAAAACCCGCAAACUACUAACAUGUAAACAAGUUUAUCUUUGCAAAAUUCUACGCAUUUUGGCUUUUUUAAUCUUCUUUCUAUUUCGACAUGGAUUUGCAAUGUAUUCCUCCAUAUUUACAAUUGAGUUUAUACUUAACGACAGCAAAAUAAUUUGAACCCCAGUAAUCCUUGAAGGUGCAAGGGUUGUUUUAUUAUCGUGACUAAAAUAUUUGUUGGUGCAUUUUUUCUUUCUUUGAUAUUUGUAUUUAGCUUUAUUAUCUUGAAAGAGAUACAACAAUGUGGUGAGUAACCCAAUUAUUUUAAACGUUUUUAGAAAAUGCUCUGAUGUGUGUUUUUUAAUUCCUAUCUUUUACAAAAGAAAACAAAAUCAAACAAAGUUAAUACCUAACAGCAGCUUGUUAUCAUUCUAGUUAGUGAAUUGGCAUACUUACAAAAUGUUCUGGUCAUGGACGUGCAUGACGGGCUUCUGUAUUUACUUUGUGUAUUUGUCUUGUCUGUAGUAGGACUGAUUAUGUGUUAUGUGCUAAUAUAAGUGCAUGGCUGUUUAUGCUCUAGUCUAUAAAGGAUUUAUAUAAAGCGCUCUGAGCAAUUGAUUUUGUUUUGCCUGAUAAAAUGGAAACAGAAGUAAGGAACCCUUGAGAAAACACAAAACAACGAGCACAUAUUCUGUAGAUAAAAUUAUAACACCCAGGAUGUGCACGGAAAACAAUUUCUUUAGUUUACUUUACAGUUUGUGGUCAAAAUCAAGUUGUUUCUGGGAAUCACGCAGAAACAUGUUAAUUUACAGGUAAGUGGCUUCAGCUUAUUCGGUACUAUUACGGAGACUAGCAGUCUCUCCCGAUAUGAUGAAGGAUAUAUUGUAGUUCUGAUUAUUAUUUUUGGUACUGUCUAACGGAUUUUUUGGAAAAAAGACUACAAUUUGUAAAAGUCAUUGAUUACAGUCAAAAU